CAUAAAAUAGAAACACGUGCAAACUUUAAAGAUGGUGGAUUGUAGUACACGCAGAAUUCUGCAAUUGUAAAUACUCGUCUUUCCCGUGAGAAUCCAGGUAAUUGGAUCAUGUCCAGGCUUAUUGUUAGGAACUUACCAAAGACGAUAAAGGAAGAAAGGAUUCGUUCUAUUUUCGUGGCAAAAGGAGAAUUAACAGAUGUCAAAUUAUGCUUCACAAAGGAUGGGAAGUUUCGACGGUUUGGGUUUAUUGGUUAUAAAACUGAAGAAGAAGCGAAAGCUGCGCUGAACCAUUUUAACAAAUCGUUUAUUGACACCUCAAAGAUAUUCGUAGAUGUCGCUAAAAACCUUGGAGAUGAAACACUUCCACGGCCUUGGAGCAAAUAUUCUCAAGGCAGCUCUGCAAAUGAGAGACUGAAAAAGAGCUUAGAAGGAAAGAACGAGAAGUUAAAAACCCAGCACUCAGAACGCAUAGAAAUAGAAAAUUGUGAAUCAGAUGGGUUAAGGAAGAAAAAAGAUAAGAAAAAGAAAAAGAGGGCAAAAAUUUUAGGUGAUCUUGAAGAUGAUGUUGAAUUUCAGGAGUUCUUAAGUGUGCAUAAAAACCGUGGCUCGAAGCAAACCUGGAGCAAUGACAACAUAGAAUGUGGAGAGGCAGAAUCAAGUGCAUAUCAGAACCAUAGGGGAAGAAAGGAAAUUUCUGCUCAGAACAAGCAUUCUGAGGAACAAGUAAAAUAUGAUGAUUCUGAUGGAAGUGAAAAUGAAGAUGAAGUCUGUGAUGUGUCAGGAGUAACAAGAGUUUCAGAGGGAGGGAAUGAUUCAAAAGACAACAAGGAAAGUGAUGAAGAAGCCAGAAUGGCUAAGGAUUCUAAACUCUCUGAUAUGGAUUACUUAAAAUCAAAAGUUGUUUCAAACACACAGAGUCCUCUCAAAACUAUGACAAGCAAAAAAUCUCAGAAGUGGAAAAGAGUCGAUGGAGAGGAUGAAGAAGAGAGAGAGAAAGAAAAAUUUGGUGAGGAAUUUUUGGAUACUAGCGGAAGCAAAAAUGAUCAAGACAGUAAUGAUGGUGAUAAUGACAAGGAUAAUGAUGAAGAAAAGACUGAUGAUGAUGAUGAUUGUAGUGGCAGUGACACAAAUAAUGAUGGUGCAGAUACCAUUGGUAAUAAUGAUGAAAAAAUCAAGCAUGAGAGACCAAAGGAUGCUGUUGCAUGUGGAACAAUAAAGAUGAAAGGGUUGCCCUUCAAAGCAAAAAACCAACACAUCAAAGACUUUUUUGCACCACUGAAAAUGCUGGACAUAAGAAUAAUUAAAAAUCACCAAGGAAAGCCCACAGGCUGCGGUUUUGUAGAUUUUUCAAAUGAGAAGGAUAUUAAGGAGGCACUAAAAAGAGAUCGGGAUUUCAUCCAGGGUAGAUACAUUGAGUUGUCUAGAGUCAAAGAGGAACAACAGUUGAACCAUGAGACUGAGAAGGAUAAACCUUGGAUGAAGAAAUUAGCAGCUCAAGGAGAAGAGGGUGAAUUUGAAAGCAUUGCAGAGUCUGGCCGUCUCUUUCUCCGUAACUUGGCCUUUAGUUGUUCAGAGGAAGACUUGCAAAACCUGUUUGACAAGUUUGGUCCUCUAACAGAGACAUAUCUACCACUGGACAAGACUACAAAUAAACCCAUAGGAAUUGGGUUUGUCACAUUUGUUAUGCCAGAGCAUGCUGUGAAGGCUUUUAAUGAACUUGAUGGCAAAGUAUUUCAAGGAAGACUGCUCCACAUCUUACCAUCCAAGGCUAAGGAAACUAAAGAAGAUGAAAAAACAGAUGCAACAACAUCCUUCAAGUCCAAUCGUGAUGCAAAAAAGAAAAGUCUCAGCAGUCAUGACCACAAUUGGAACACAUUGUUUUUGGGAAUGAAUGCUGUUGCUGAUGCAAUGGCCGAUCAGUAUCACACCACAAAGGGGAGCAUUUUAGAUGGUGCUUCUUCUAGAAGUUUGGCUGUACGUAUGGCCCUUGGGGAGACACAAGUUGUUACAGAGACAAGGAAGUUUCUUGUAUCUCAAGGAGUCCAGCUUGAUGUUUUUGGACAGCCCUCGCCGAAAAGGAGUAAGACAGUUAUGUUGGUGAAAAAUCUACCUUUCAACACAUCAAGUGAAGAGCUAAUGAACAUUUUUUCACCAUUUGGAAAAGUGGCAAGGCUUGUGUUGCCUCCAUCAGGAAUCACAGCUCUUGUGGAGUUCUUUGAGCCAAGCAUGGCAAAGAAGGCCUUCCAAAAGUUGGCAUAUAGUAAAUUUAAACAUGUUCCAUUGUACUUGGAGUGGGCUCCUUUGGAUGUUUUCUCCAAAAAACCUGAAGAAAAGAAGGAAGAAGAGAUGGCAACAGAACAAAAAUUGACCGCUGACAAGGGAAAAGAAUCAGCUGAGGAGAAAGCAACGGAUGAUGCAGAUGAUGACGGUGAUGUUUCAGAAAAUGCGGAAGGCACAACUGUCUUUGUGAAAAACUUGAACUUUGAAACAUCGGAAGAAACACUGAAAGAGGCAUUUUCCAAGAUUGGUCCGCUGCUUACGGCAACAAUCGCCAAGAAGAAGGAUCCUAAAAAGCCUGGAAAUUUGCUUUCCAUGGGUUACGGAUUUGUAGAAUACAAGAAAAGAUCGGACGCUUUACGAGCAAUUACAGAACUCCAGAAAUCCCUCAUCGAAGGUUAUACUCUGGAACUCAAGAUGUCUCACAGGAAACCAAGUGAGAAAGUAACACAGCGUAAAUCUGCUUCGACCAAGAAGCAAACCAGUUCUAAAAUCCUAGUGCGAAAUGUUCCUUUUGAAGCGUCAAAGAAAGAAAUCAAAGAACUUUUUGGCACUUUUGGGGAGAUAAAGACACUGAGGCUUCCUCAGAAGUUGUCUGGAACUGGUUCUCAUAGAGGAUUUGCAUUUGUUGAUUUUCUCACCAAACAAGAUGCUAAACGCGCGUUUGAGUCCCUCUGUAGCAGUACCCAUUUGUAUGGGCGAAGACUGGUACUGGAAUGGGCCGAGGACGAAGACAGCGUGGAUGCUUUGAGAAAGAGAACCGCUGAACACUUUCAUGGCACUCCAAAAGCCGCUAAGAAAAAGAAGGAUAUUCUGGACGAUCUUCUCGACUCAGAAAUGCAGGAAUGACUGAGCAAUACUCUGUAGCAGGCAGUCGUUUCUCUACGGUCCCAGUUAUCCGAUGUAAUUUCCAAGAUAUGGUCCAACGAGGGAAUAAAAGAAGUAUUUUGAGCGAGGGCCUCUCUCAAGGAACGCAUAUUCAUGUCUCGCAGAAAAUAACUCGCCACGAAUUUGAAUUUUUGCCGUCAAUUUCCGUGGCUGUGAUGACGAAGCCGUUUUUCUUCUCGCCAGCCUAACGCUUGAAGAGGACAAGACAUGAAAUUCACUGUAAACACUUCUCUAUGAUGUGGUAUGGAUGAACAUCAAAUUUUCUCAACAGUUUUGAGGUGAAACAAUUGACAAUUGGUUACAGGAAUCUACUUUCUCAGCUUUACGAGAACUAGGGAAGUCGAUAUAAUCCUUUACUAGGAAAAAAGUCAACGGCGAGUGAAGACGGUAUCUUGUGACAAGACAAUGAACUUUUUUUAAUUUCUCUGAAUGUUCUCCUGACACUUACUUUGUGCUAGUCUGCAAGAAAUAAAGCUAAAAACUAGUGAGAGGGAGAAGCGAAAAGUGUUGACAAGUGUUGGAAAUGAUGGAAACUGAUGGAAACGAACCAAAAUAAAACGAAAAAUAUGUGGAUUGGA